AUGGCCAAGGAGCUUGUCUCUCUCCACUUUCUCCCACCACAAUUUCACAUCCCUCUUCCCCUCCGCCCUAAACAACCGCAAAACCCAAUCUUCCCCCGCCGCCGCAACAGAACAUCCAACAUCGACGCCCCCGUCCCAUCCAACGAAGUCAAAACCCUCGCCAAGUUCAAAUCCCGACACAACAACAUACGAGUCAUUGAAGUCUCCCGGAGAAGCGACCACCCACUCGCCGGCUCCCGCCUCCUCCUCCUCGACACUCCCGGUAACAUCCACAGCAUCUCCUUCCUCCUCAAAACCUUAACCGAUAGCUACUUCGACGUUUUCGCUACUCUCCCUCCCAUUAUCCCACCAGGACCCGUCGGCGUUCUCGGGUUCGGAGCCGGGUCAACCGCCCGGUUGAUCCUCGAGCUUUACCCACCCGAAUACACUAUCCACGGGUGGGAAAUCGACCCUUGUGUAAUCGACGUAGGUAGAGAGUUCUUUAGCCUCUCUAAGCUCGAGAGAGACCAUAAAGAUAGGAUUUUUAUCAACAUAGGUGACGCCUUGGACGCUAGUGUUAAAACCGGGUUUUCGGGUAUUUUAGUGGAUUUGUUUAGUGAAGGGAGUGUGAUUAAAGAGCUUCAAGAUCCAAAUGUGUGGAGGGGGUUGAGAAGUAAGUUGAGGAAGAGAGGGAGGAUCAUGGUGAAUGUUGGAGGAAGGUGUGUGGAAGCUGAGGAUUCAGAGAGAGAUGGAGAUUUGGUUAUGGUGGAAACUUUGAAAGCGAUGAGUCAAGUGUUUGGUGAUAAGCUCUUUGUGCUAACGCUCGGGAAUGGUGAUGAUAGCUCUGUGGCUUUAACCGGUGAUUUACCGGAUCUUGAUGCCUGGAAGAAGAGUCUCCCGGUUCGUGAGUUGCGAAGCUUUGUUGAUAUGUGGAAGCCUUUUACAGAGUUCAAAGUUUGA